AUGCAGUACAAGACGGACGGCCUCGCCUUUGAGUCACUCUCUUCGGAUCCCAUCUCGCAGUUCACUGCCUGGUUCAAGGAUGCACAGGCGCACCCGUCAAUCGAGGAGCCGGGCGCCAUGACGCUGACGACGACCACGCUGGGCCCGCCGCCGCGGCCAUCGUCGCGCAUCGUGCUGCUGAAGCAAGUCGACGACGGCGGCUUUGUCUUUUUUAGCAACUACACGUCGAGGAAGGGACGCGAGAUGGACGCCAACCCGUUUGCGGCCCUCACAUUCUACUGGCACGACCUGCACCGGUCCGUGCGAGUCUGCGGCAAGGUCGAGCGCAUCACAAAGGACGAGUCGCAGCGCUACUACGACGGACGCCCGCUGGGCAGCCGCAUUGGGGCGCACGCGAGCCCGCAGAGCCAGGUACUGGCGUCACGCGAGGUGCUCGAACGCGCCGUGAGGGACGUAGAGGACAAGUACGAUGCCAAGGGAGCGGCAGGGCUCGACGGGCCCGAGGCCGAGAAGGCAGUGGGCGACCGCCAGGUGCCUGUGCCCGACUUCUGGGGAGGGUACAGGCUCGUGCCGGACGAAGUCGAGUUCUGGAUGGGCAGGCAGAAUCGGCUUCAUGAUCGAUUCAGAUACACGCGGAGCAUUGAGUCAGAGCAGGACGCAAGGAGCGACAAGUGGUCCAUCGACCGGCUCGCACCGUGA